UGUAUUAAUUUCAGUUGAACAACGACUUUUAAGUGUUAACUCAACAAAUUUUAAUUCAUCGUCAGCAAGAUACCUAACAGUUUCACAUAAACUUCCGUCAAAUUGGGUUGUAAGCAGUGUAGCGAAUCUGGAUACUAGGACAGGUUGUGAUGAAGUGAUUCUACACUGCACGUGAUUCUUUGGCUUGACGAUCGACGAGGAAAAAGAAAUGGCAACGUCGGAGAAAGGAGGAGGCGAUGCAGGGGGCCAAAAGCUGGUGGGGGUGAAGCGUCAUCCGACCAGGGGCUUCGGGACUCUGGGAACACCCAUUGCGCUGUCGGCCAACCACUACAUGGUGAAAAUCCCCACUUCUGGCUACUUUUACCAUUACGAUGUGGAUAUGGUUUUUGAACGCGGCACUCCUGCUCCUGCCGCAGGAGACCAGAAGGGAAAGGGCAAGAAGCAGGGCACAAGAGAUCCCAACGCCGUCCCCAGAGCGCUGAAGCAGAAGAUUAUGGCCCUGUUUCUGGGUGCACCUAAUACGCAGAAGAUCCUCAACGGAUGCAGACCCGCGUACGAUGGAGAGAAGAACCUCUACACCAUCCGCGAGUUGAAGAUUGCACCGGAUCAGGACUUCUCCGAAGUGUUGACGGUUCCCAAGGAUGAAGAAGGAGGCGAACGACGGGUUAAGGUUACACUGAAGCCCUGUAAACCCCUGGCGAUAGCGUGGGCGGAAUUGAGCGAAUGCAUGGCCGGACGGCGCGAUGCAGUACCCAUCGUUGUGUUCCAAUGCAUCAACACCGUGUUUCGGCAGGCAGCGUUGUCGACCGCCACCAACAUCGCUAUCCGGCGAUCAUACUUCUCCCGCAAUUUGGCCCCUCCCGUUGAGCUCGGACAGGGCCGAUUUAUGUGGACCGGAUACUACUCGAGUGCUCGACCGACACAGUGGAAGGUUUUGCUGAACCUGGACAAAUCCCAUACAGUGUUCUACGGCCGUCAAAAAUUGCUUGAAUUCGUGUCUCAGUUUCUGAACAGUUCGCCCGCCAGCCUGAACGUCAGCCAGCGUAAAACACUGGAAAAAGAACUCAAAGGCUUGAAAGUGGAGACCAACCACGGCGGCGGCAUUCGCCGAGUUCGCAUAACUGGUAUCACUGACCAGACCCCCGAUAACCUGUUUUUCGAGCAAAAUGGACAGAAGAAAAGUGUGACGAAUUAUUUCAAAACAGAAUAUAACUUGGAUCUGCGUCAGCGCGGUUUGCCUUGUUUAAAGGUUGGUACAAAAGGGAGUCUGUUGCCUCUGGAAGUCUGCACCCUGAUCGAACAGAAAUGCGACAAGCGGUUGACAUCCGAGCAGACUGCAGACAUGGUGAGAAAAUGCACGCAAACAGCAAAUGAGCGCAAAAGGUUUGUGGAAAACACUCGGAGAAAUGGCGUCAGUUACGAUAGUGAUCCGACACUGAAGGAAUUUGGCAUUUCGGUCGAUAAAGAGAUGGUUAAAGUGGAAGGCAGGCAGUUGGAUGCGCCAACUUUGGCAGUCGGGGAUAAAAAGACCGUAAUGGUCAAAAAGAGCGACGGAACAUACGAUUCGCGAAGUAUCAAGUUUGCAGUGCCUGGGACGCUAAAAAACUGGGCUAUUAUUAGCUUGGUGGACGAAAAUCGUAUUGGUGUUAGGCCGUUCGUUGAAUCACUGGUCAUGAUGGGCAAACAGAAGGGGAUGACGAUUGAUUACCCGAAUCAGGAUACCUUGCCGAAAAAGUUUGACUGGCGAAAUCCGGAUUUCGUGCAGAUUAUGAAAGAGAUUGUCAAGAAUUUCGGGACUAACAAAGUGGAUUUGAUUAUGGUGCUAAUCAGUCAGGAUUUUCAUUAUGCCGAAGUUAAGAAAGCGGGUGACGUGAUUGUGGGAGUCCCGACGCAGUGCGUGAAAGGAUAUACGAUACAGAAAAAUGUUGGACCGAAACUGGGGCAGUUGGUCGGGAAUUUGCUGCUGAAAAUUAACACGAAAGUCGGCGGUAUCAAUGUUCAGGUGGCCAACUUUAUUAGCGUCAAAGAUCAACCUGUCCCGAAAUUCUUUGAACAUCUGAAACGAUUUGUUGCGCAGCCAACCAUCGUGUUCGGCGCCGAUGUCACCCAUCCGUCUCCAGGAGAAUCUAAAGAUAAGCCGUCGGUCGCCGCUGUUGUUGCGAGUCAUAAUAAGACGUUUACGGCGUACAGUGCCCGCGUAGGCGCUCAGGGUCAUCGCGUAGAAGUUAUGGAAGAUUGUCUGCGAGAUAUGAUUGCUGAAUUAUUGAUCGAAUUUCGCGUUCGCAAUAAUAACCAUAAACCGCAGAAGAUAAUCUUCUAUCGUGACGGGGUGUCUGAGGGACAAUUUGAACAGGUUAUGCUACAGGAAGUCCACGCACUGCAGGCAGCUUGCCGGAAACUGGAGCCAGGCUACCAGCCGCAUAUUACUUACAUUAUUGUUGGGAAACGCCAUCAUACACGAAUGUUCUGUCAGAACAAGAGGGAUGAAGUCGGGCGUGGCGAAAAUAUACCCGCUGGCACUGUGGUGGAUAAAGGAAUUUGUCACUUUUCGGAGCUGGAUUAUUUCCUCUGCAGCCAUGGAGGUUUGCAGGGAACAUCGCGACCGGGACAUUACAACAUGCUGUAUGACGAUUCGGAUUUCAGUGCAGACGAAAUCGAAUUAUUCUCCUAUUACUUGACAUACUGUUAUGCCCGCUGCAGCCGCAGUGUGUCUAUUCCGGCCCCUGCGUAUUACGCUCAUCACGUGGCUUUCCGCGCGCGUCACCAUCUCUCCGAUGAUGGAAUUGAAGCGAUCAGCACCGUCUCUUUGGGUUCGGGAUCGGAUCCAUCCAUUGACAUUCAACAGUUAAACAAAAAAAUCAAAGUGCACGACAACAUUAUGAAUCCAAAGGAAAAGAGCAACAUGUAUUUCGUUUAGUGAUGGAUUUGCCAAUCCUGUUGGACAGGGCCUUCAUUUACGAUUUUUUUAUUGAAAUGUAUUUUUUAUUCGUUAAUACAUCGAGAUAGUAGUUGUAAUGUUAAAAAGAAUAUUAGAAAUUAGUUUAGUCUUCAGUUUCUCGCUUUUUGGUGGCGGGUUUGAUGUUAUUACACUUCAGUUUGUACCUUAAAUUUAGUCUUUCUUCAACGCUGAUAUUUCUGCUCCAUUUUUCUUUCUAAACCGGUUCCUAAUGUGUGCCUUGCACGUCUUACUGGGAUGCUCUAUCUGACAAGUGAGUGUGCUAAUCUUUUGCUUUCGAUUUCUGUGCGAUUUUCUGCAUUUGAAUUUUGCGAUCGAUGUUUUGUAGCACGAAUUUUUUCUUUUUCUGGAUGCUAGUAAAUAUCUAAUAGAGUUAAGAAAGCCUA